UGAGAUCUACAUAUCUUGUAUGUAUUUACCAAGUUUUUUUGACAAUCAUCAAGAUAUACUGUACCUUAUACAGUGAACAACUACUAAACCGCAAAGAGACUUAGCAAUAUGAAAGAAAAUUACAAGAUAACUCGCAGCAACAUCACCUUUGUUAUAUUAUGGGGAUUUUUUAUGCACUUAAUUUUUUUAUGGGGCGUCAUGGAUGCUAAUUUCCACUCGCCCAUUGUAACAAAUUUGUCUGCAGUUCCAAUGCCAAGUAGCCCACCGGCAAAGCGAGUUGUCGUUUUUCUUGCCGAUGGCUUGCGCUACAGAACUUUCAAGCACGACACUCCACCCUACUUGAGUUCUAUUAUUGAGAACAAAGGUGUAUGGGGUAUUUCCCACACACGAAUGCCUACUGAAUCAAGGCCAGGAAACAUUGCCGUUGUUGCUGGUUUGUAUGAGGAUCCAAGUGCUUUAUUUAAAGGCUGGAAGGAAAAUCCAGUGGAUUUUGACUCCGUGUUCAACGAAAGUCGUGCCUCAUGGAUUUGGGGAAGUCCUGAUAUAAUCCCGCUGUUUACAAAGAAUCAAAGAGGCAACAUACAUGGAUCAAGUUAUCCUCCUGAAUGGCAAGAUUUUAGUAAUAAUAAUAGUGCCAUAAAACAUUUGGAUAACUGGGUACUUGACAAAUAUUUACAAUGGCUAACAGAUGAAGCACCUAUGCACAAGACUGAAGAUAAAAUUGUAAUCUAUUUUCACUUACUUGGCUGUGAUACAAGUGGACAUGCAUUUAAACCACAAUCAAGAGAAUACAUAGAAGUAAUGAUGAAUGUGGAUCGCAAUUUACAAAAAGUGGUCGAAAGAACUGAAGAAUUUUUUAACGACAAUAGCACUGCUUAUAUUUUUACAUCAGACCACGGCAUGACCGACUGGGGAUCUCAUGGUAGUGGUUCAACCGAUGAAACUGAAACUCCGUUGGUGGCUUGGGGUGCUGGUAUAGCUAAAAGUUCUCAUUUGUACAAUGUUGAACAAGCUGACUUGGCGCCUUUCAUUUCAACACUGAUCGGAAUACCGGUUCCUGUUAAUAAUGAAGGUGUGCUGCCAUACGAGUUACUGGACUCUAAAAAUGAAGUAUAUACUGCAAAGGCAUUUUUAGCCAAUGUUAAACAACUUGCCAAGCAAGUUGUGGCAAAUCGCGAAUUAGCAGUGGGCAAUACCAUAGUCAAUAUGCACUCCAAAGACAAAGAAUUUGAAAAAAAAAUCGUCCAGGUUGAACAUUUAUUGAGUAAAAGAGAGAUAAAGCAUUCCAUUAAAGAAAUUAAGCAUCUUACUAGCUUGGCUAAAGAAACCCUCUUAUAUUAUCGGCGCUACCAAACUGGUAGAUUCUCACUUUGCUUAGCAUUCAUGUGGGUUGGCUGGAUUAUAUUCCUUUUUGUCGAUUUAUCGGGUGAACCUCGAAGAGCUAUUCACCUAGGCUGUUUCACGUGGUUGCGCGUUGCUGAUGUUGCAUUGGCAGUCUUUUUAAUACCAUUGUUGAUAGAGUACUUAGUUAUAGGUUGUAAGGAAUGGAGACUUUUCGGAUAUGGUGCCGUUUGUGGCGCUUCAUUGUGGGUCGCAUUUAGAGCUGUGAUUAACAAAGGACCAAAUUUUGAAUUAAACUCCAACAAGCCGUUGAUAGAAUUUAUAGGGAUCAUUUCAUUAAUUUUGAUGAUGCUUUUGGGAUUAAUAUACAGAUGGGCUUUUAGCAUUAGCAUGCUGAUAGCUGUUGGAUUACAAAAAGUCAUAUUCGACAGAAACGCAUCGUUUGCGUUAAUAUUUUCUGGAAUCUUUUUAGCUCUGUUUCCACUGCUACCAGUAGUCGGACCUCAACCAAGAGUAUAUGUUGUAAUAUUUGCCUUAGUCUAUACAGCGUUGUUACCAUUGAGGCAGGAUAGAAAAAUAUAUAAAUACAAUAAAAUCAUUGAAGUUGUUCGCUUGACGUUGACAUCAAUCAUUUGCUUUAACUUAAUCGAUGGAAGAUCUGGAUUAUCAUGGCUUUUGCUUUUAAGCACACCAAUAGUUAUUUUAUUAUAUCCCAAAGAUUGGAACCAAAGAAGCUUCGGUAUAACUGUUGCACUGCUCAGUCCAUUGGCACUCUUGUCUGCAUCAUAUGAGCCAAUAUUCUUCUUAAUAUUCUCAUCUCAUCUGCGACAUUGGCCAGUUUAUGAAUGCACUCAAAAAUCUGCAUCCAAAGGAAAGGCUCUGAGUCUACGGGAUUUUACCUUUGCAGCUUUUUUUAUGCUUUAUACGCUACUGUGCUUCUUUGGCACAGGCAACAUGAGUAGCCUCAGCUCGUUCGAUCCAACUUGGACCCGACACUUCCUCACCGUUUACUCUCCUUUCACCAUGGCUACGCUUAUUUUGUUGAAAUUUACCAUGCCGCUUAUACUUGUGGGCAGUAUGAUAUGCACAUUAUCUCCCGAUUCGAGCAUUUUCACGGCUGUACUUUUGUUGGGAGACUGUUUGGCGAUACCGUUGAUGUACGGCGUAACGACUGAAGGUAGUUGGCUCGACAUUGGCAGUGCCAUUAGUCGUUUUAUUAUAGCCGUAUCGCUGCCGUGUCUGUUAUUCGUUGCACACUGCGCCAUUAAACCCUUUAUGACAUUUAGUCUACAAGAAUUCAUACGGCGCAGAAAAAUUAAGAGCCAGCGACUCAAAAUUUGA